UGGUGAGUGUAGCGGUAAGAUGAAGUUUUAAAAACGCGAAAACUGUUUAUAAUGUAUGCAAGGCAGAAAGCUCUUACAUGCUUUGCCAUGUUCAAAUAACUAACCAACUUUAAAAUGGAUGAGCCUAGAUAAAUAGAGUUAAAUUAGAUCUGCGUUUAUGUGAGUGUAUUCUAUGUAUGCUGUAAAUAACAAUCUGUUUUUACCCAAUGGAUUAUAUAUACGCUUGCAAAUUGUGAAUGUCGUGAAUCAUGUUAUAUUAAAAUACGUUUAAUUGGAAAAACUUACCUUUAUUGAGGCAAAUACUAAGUAAUAAACGUGAAAUGCAUGUAGACUCAGACAUGAAAAAAACUGUAUAGCCACGGAGCAAAAUAGUUUCUGCCGCAACAUUAAUUAGAGAGGCAUAGCAGCAUGGAGGACAAACAGCAUGAUUGGGAUAUAUUUAGCACAUCACAUGAGCUGAUAGGUUCUUCUAACAUUGAUAUUCAAAAUCCCAGUAUAGAGAAAUCGCAUAAAUGUGAUACAUGUUGCAAAAAGGGUUGCAAAUAUGUGUUAAAGAAAGAAUUGACUAAGCCAUAUAAAUGUUGUUUAUGUUGCAAAGCAUUUACACAGAAAAAUAAUCUGAUUUUACACAGGCGGGUACAUACUGGUGAAAAGCCGUACCAAUGUGAUAUGUGUAACAAGUCAUUUGCACGCAAACAGGGAUUAGAAAAUCACAUUAAUACUCACACAGGUGAAAAGGCACAUGAGUGUGGUACAUGUCACAAAUCUUUUACACGACAAGAUAACCUGAAAAAGCAUAUGCUGACUCACACAGGAGAGAAACCUCACGAGUGUGAAAUAUGCUGUAGGUUAUUUGCUCGUAGAGGGGAUUUAAGAAAACAUUUGUGUACCCAUACAGGUGAGAAACAGCAUGAAUGUAAUGUAUGUUUUAAGUCAUUUAAACGGAAAGAUGUGUUGAAAGAACAUCUGUAUACGCACACAGUUGAGAAACCCUAUAUCUGUGAUGUGUGUUCCAAGUCAUUUGCAAAGAAAAAGUAUUUAAACAGACAUGUGCUAAUUCACAGUGGUGAGAAAUUACUUACAUGUAGUAUAUGUGGCAAAUUAUUUGCUCAGAAAAAGUAUUUAAAUAGGCACAUGAUUACUCAUAAUGAUGAAAAACCAUAUGGUUGUGAUAUUUGUAUGAAGUCCUUUCGAUAUAAAGCUUCCUUAAAUAAUCAUAUGCGUGCCCAUGCUGAUGAGAACCCAUAUAAGUGUGAUGAAGGAGAGCAAAAUUAUUUGCACAAAAGCAUCACUUGAACUCGCAUGUGGCUAUUCAUGAGAAAUAGCACAAGUGAUUUAAGUUUUUUUCAGCACAGAUUAAGCCCAUUGUGGGACAGGUCCAGUUUAUAUUAUUUGCUUCUGAUGAAAUCUUCAAUAAUAUUACUUAAUUUUCUAUUACUGUAAAUGGUAAUAUGUAAGGAGCCUGUAAAACAUUUUGUAUA